AUGUGUGCACGAUCGAAAACAUUGCAGGAAAGCAAAAGCUUGAAACGAUUUAUAUAUUACUCUACAAUGUCAUCUUCACGCAUUUGCAUACCACAUGCAAAUAUUUUACAGCCUAAAAAAAAUUGGAACAGUUCAAAGUCCAACAAUGGAUGGAAACCUGGUCAUUUCACAGAAGUCCCACGUAAUGCCAAUAUGGAGAGCCUACGCACUAGAUAUCUGUUUCCUGAGCUAUUAAUACAUGAGACUGAACACGCCCGGAAGUAUCCCAAUGCAAGACUUAUAAGGCUCGGUAUUGGUGACACUACGGAGCCUAUACCUGAAAUCAUAACAUCUUCAAUGGCUGAGCAUGCACUUGCUCUAUCAACAGUUCAGGGCUACAAAGGGAAUGGAGCUGAGCAAGGCAACAUGCCAUUAAGAAUGGCAAUUGCUGAAAUACUUUAUAAAGACAUGGGCAUAAAAGCUGAAGAAAUAUUUGUCUCAGAUGGUGCACAGUGUGACAUUUCUCGCCUACAGAUGCUUCUGGGAUCCAAUGUAACAGUGGCUGUUCAGGACCCAAUUUUUCCAGCAUAUAUAGAUUCUAGCGUUAUUGUUGGUCAGGCUGGCAAGUUCCAACAAGAAACUGGGAAAUACAGGAAAAUUACCUACAUGAAAUGUGGGCCUGAGAACAAUUUUUUUCCGGAUUUAUCAACAAAUCCACGGACAGAUAUAAUUUUCUUCUGUUCUCCAAACAAUCCAACGGGCCAUGCUGCAUCUUGGCAGCAACUAAAACAACUAGUGGAGUUUGCAAAGGCAAAUGGAUCAAUAAUAAUUUAUGACUCCGCAUAUUCUGCUUAUAUAACAGACUCAAGCCCCAGAUCAAUCUUUGAAAUUCCUGGAGCAAGAGAGGUAGCCAUUGAAAUUUCGUCCUUCUCCAAAUUCGCCGGUUUCACAGGUGUCCGCCUUGGUUGGACAGUGGUCCCUGAAGAGCUUUGUUACUCUAAUGGAUAUCCAGUCAUAAAGGACUUCGACCGCAUUGUGUGCACUUGCUUCAAUGGUGCUUCAAAUAUUUCACAGGCGGGAGGGCUAGCCUGCCUUUCUCCAGACGGUUACCAGGCUUUGAUCAGUGUAGUUGACUACUACAAGGACAACGCCAGGAUAAUCGUUGAUGCAUUUGAAUCACUUGGGUUGAAGGUUUACGGCGGGAAGAACGCACCUUACGUAUGGGUGCAUUUUCCAGGCAUGAGUUCUUGGGAUGUAUUUGCAGAAAUUCUUGAGAAAACCCACAUUGUCACUGUUCCGGGAAGCGGAUUCGGCCCUGGCGGCGAAGAAUACAUCAGAGUCAGUUCAUUUGGACAUAAACAAAGCAUACUAGAAGCUUCCACCAGGCUCAAAAUUUUGUUGUAGAUGCUGAUGUAUGAGUCUGAAUAA